AUGACUACCAUCCCAGAGGACAUGGACGAAUUCGUCAACUGGGAGGCAGCCGCUACUGAAGUUGGCAACAUCUUCAACAUGUCCUCCCAGGACUUGCCGCCCACCGAUCCCAACCUGGAUCUGGUUUUGGAGAAUGCCGACGACGAUGACUUUGGCUUUGUCGCUCUCGAACACUUCUCUGGAGAGCACGCUUCAGGAGCUCAGACCACCAGCAACCCUCUCGACCUGGUUGACACUCAACUCACUAGUGCCCAGGACGACUGGUGGUAUACUCCCGAUACGCCUUGCGUGAACUGCGUCCUCGGAGGCUACCAGUGCAAGAAGAUCAAGGAAGCUGGCUCGAGCAUCUACGAGCAUUACUGCACGUCUUGCGUUGCGCUGAGGAGCGAGUGCAGCUUCGCUGAGCACUUGCCCGCCAUCGCUCGUCUCGACCCGUUGGAGGCGUUGCCUUCCCAGAACCCCUGGCCCACCAUGGGAGACCACCCGCGCACUGUCCGUGAAGACGGUGGCCUUGCGGACCUCUUGCCUUCCAAGAACCCCUGGCCGAUCAUGGGAGACCAUCCCCGCGCCGUGCAGGAGGACGGCGCCAUGUCUGUCGGGUUGCCGGGCACUUCGACGCCGGAUCUGUUGCGGAGCCUGACGGCUUCCGCGUCCGCUGACGAGCCGGCCACAGCGGCGCCGAACAAGACGACGACCCCGGCCAAAAUCGGUGCCCGUUUCUCGCGGGAGUCUGUCCGCAUCUUGAAAAACUGGCUCUCGACCCAUACCCGGCACCCUUACCCCAGCGAUGAAGAGAAAGAGAUGCUUCAGCGCCAGACGGGUCUCAACAAAACCCAGAUCACCAACUGGCUUGCCAACGCUCGGCGCCGGGGCAAAACACAGGCCCCUCGUUCCACCUCACCGCACCCCCGCAGUUACAGCGGCGCGAUCGACAUUCCUCAGAGACGAGGAACACCUGCCCCGGAUGGCAGAGUGCGUCACAUGAAUCCCCUAGAGCGUUGGGUCGACUCCCCUCCCGAAAACGAACCUGCCGAAGUCACGGCUAUCGCCCGCGCCGUUGCGUCCAGCUCCGGAGCAUCUUCAUCAGGCCUCACGAGCCCGUACAGCUUCAACUUCACCGACGACGGAUCAGGAAGGUCCCUCUGCAACGCCUCCUCGGCUAGUAGUUUGGGCACCUCCCACGGCACCUCCCACUCCAGCGGCGGGUCCUUCGCCUCUGCGUACUCCCAUGCGUCCCGGGGCUCAUUCGGCUCGUUUGGGUCCUUCAACCGUGGCCGCAGGCGUCGCAGGAGGCGUGCCGGUGCCAAGCCCGCCGAGGAGAAGACCUCUCUCGCCCCCGCUUCCAAGACUUACCAGUGUACAUUCUGUACCGAAACGUUCAGAACCAAGCACGACUGGCAACGGCACGAGAAGUCGCUGCACCUGUCUCUUGAGAGAUGGGUCUGCAGUCCCGAUGGCCCGGUGGUUCUCAAUCCCGAGACGAACCUGCUGUGCUGCGUCUUCUGUGGUGAAGCCAACCCGGACCAGGCUCACACGGAGAGCCACAACCACUCCCAGUGCCAGGAAAGAAGUCUGGAAGAGCGCACUUUCUAUAGGAAAGAUCAUUUGAACCAGCACCUGCGGCUUGUUCACGAUACAAAGUUCGCCGAAUGGUCUAUGAAGUCUUGGAAAGUAGCGACACCAGAGAUCCGAUCUCGGUGUGGUUUCUGUGGCUGUGUCUUGGACUCGUGGAAACAGAGGACUGAACACCUCAGUGAGCAUUUCAAGGGCGGAAAUACAAUGGCCGACUGGAAGGGAGACUGGGGUUUUGAAGCACCGGUGCUCGAGAUGGUUGAGAACUCAAUCCCACCUUAUCUCAUUGACAAUGAGCGGAACUCACCCUACCCCUACCAGGCCUCCGGUGCCCCUGCGGAGACGCCGCGCUCAGCCUAUGAACUCAUCAAAGUUGAGCUGGCACACUUCAUGCAGAACCACUACGACAAGUACCACACCUUGCCUAGCGACGAGCAGAUGCAACUUGAGAGUUGUCGUAUCAUUUUCGCCUCCGAAGUUUUAUCCAUUAGAGAGAUUUCUUAUCCCUUCUCGUGGCUGCGUGAUCUUCUGAUGGGAGAUGACGACCUCAUGAGGCAAGCGAAGAUAGGGAAGAUGCGAACGCAGGCUGAGAACAGAUUGUCCACGCUCAAGCUCAACGGCAAGGAUACUCUGUUCGAGCGUUGCCCCUUGGAGGAACAGCUCCACGAGUUCGUUAGAGCGAAGAGGCUACUGGGGCUAACCGCAAUGGAUGAAGAGCUGCAGACAGAGAGCUGUAACAUUGUUGGGCGUAUCGAGGAGGUAUCAACGGCACCCAGCGACUUCAUUGCCAGUUGGCUUGUGCGAUGCAUCAACCGAUCCACCAACUGGCUUGCCAACUUUAGACAGCGGGCCCAUCUCCCCAGAACCGAAGACAUCGUGGUGGAGAACGAACGGUCGACCGACGCUACCAAGAUCGACUCGACUAUCCACAACUAUAGCAGACUGGAGCGAUACUUGGCCGACUACUUGGAGAAGCAGAGAAACCUUGGCAUGGAGCCUUGCAACGAAAGCCUGCAGAGGGAAGCCAGGAUAAUUAUCUACGAGUUCGACGACGGCUGGAACCAGACCGCCGCUGAUAACCUAGACUGGCUUGCGGCCUUCAGGCAACGUCACCCGCCCACGCCCGCGCAAGGUGUAAGCUUGACGACGUCACCUACCUCUCAGGGCCAAGUGUCCCAGGAUGGAUGUCAGUCGUCCGUUACAGAAACUUCUCCGUCGAAUGUUUCCUCUGCCAAUGUUUCAAACGGCCUGACCUGUCCUCUCAUGACGGGCGGGGCAGCCGGAAGCUACAGGGUAUCCGGCGAGGCUCAUUCGGCUCUCACCCAGACCGGCCCAUUCUUCCUCAACGACGCAAACUGUUUCCGGCGUCUAAUGAGGGAGCUGGCAAGAUGGAGCUCAAAAUUCCCGCCCGAAUCGAUUACGGAUGAGAUGCUCCAGAGACAGGCGAGAAUCAUUCUCUACAAUGACGACGACCCCUGGAACCAGACUGCAGCCGACAACGCCGAGUGGUUGCUCAGGUUCAAGCGCGAUUGUGGCAUCAUACGCGACCCCGGGCCCGGGCUGCCCCCUGGCGACGCCUGGUCCCUCGCGCAAGGCGGCACCGGCUUCGCACCCCCGUACGCCUUCCCCAAGGGUGACAUGGCGCCCUUUAGCGAGAAGACGACGGACGUGCCGAUCCGGAACAUCAAGGUCUUUGAGAUCCAGUCAGACAUCACGAACCGCUACCUGGAGACGUUUAAGACCAGAUACCCGAAGCCGGCUACCAUCUUCUGCUCCCGUGAGCUCGAGGAUGGGCUGGUCAAGUUCGUCGAGACGGAGAUGGCGCACUCCGGGCAGUUCCCCGACGACGACUCCCUCAGGGCGCACGCUUCCUUCAUACUGAACGCGCCCGAGACUGCGGCGAACGAUCCCGCUCUGCUGGGCAAGUUCAAGGGUUGGAUGAUGACGAGGGGCCAGCAGUUCGGCCAGCAGCAGCAGCAGCAGCCGGUUCUGUUCCAGCCGCAACCGAGAAUGCCGCCCUCGGCAGCGUCGACGUCGACGUCGACUCUGCCCACGGGCAUGGACCUGUCGCUCUCGGAUGCGGAGAUGAACAACAUCCUGCAAGACAUGAAUUUUGACCUCAGCGCCGCGGACUUGGAGGGCUUCGACAUGGCCAUGGGAAUGGAUCUGGGCGGCGACGCCGGGCCUUCUUCCUAG